AUGUUGAAGGAUGAGUUGCAGGCGCUGCAGCUGACAUACUGUAAGCUGGAGGAGCGAUACAAGGAGCUACAGAUGCACCACGAUGACAUCGUGUCACGAUGGAUGACGCAGAAGUCUGAGCUAGCCGACAGACUGAACGACGAAAACGACAAGAUGUUUCAAAUGCAGCGGGCGAAGCGCAAGGUGGAACUAGAAGAUGCUGCUAAGGAAAUGCAACCCGACAUCAGGCUGUCCUCCGGGUCGGACACAAUGUGUCCACGGCUAGAUGGCGCUUUAUUCGGGGGCUUGGCAACGAUACCCAGCAGAGUUCUUGCGAAACAGGAGAUACACGAGGGAGAAGUUAAUGCGCUUGCAUUUUCGGGAUCUGGCAAGAUGUUUGCCACCGGGGGCGCUGAUCGCAAGGUGCGUCUCUGGACAGAGUCUGGCGGUGUCAUAGAAUCGAAAGGUAUGCUGACGGGUAGCAAUGCACCGGUGAUGUCGGUGCAGUUUAACAUUGAGGAGGACAUGGUCCUGGCAGCGUCCUGCGACUACGCCAGCAGGAUCUGGACCGUCAACGAUCAACGACCGAGGUUCACGCUGACGCGGCCACAUUUUAAAAUAAAAAAUUUUUUAUUUAUUAAACUGCUGAGCUGCUCGCGCGACGACACGCUGAAGAUUAUUGACCUGAGACAGGAGAAGGUUCUACGCACGCUCUGCGCGGACGGAUUCCACGUGGCAGCAGACUGGGCGAGGUCGGCAUUCUCACCCGACGGACAAUACGCCGUCGCAGGCUCGACGGACAGCGCCAUCUAUAUCUGGAGCACGACGACGGGGAAGGUGGAGACCGUGCUCAAGGACAAGGACCAAUCGGGUUCUGUGAUGUGCUGCUCCUGGCAUCCCAACGGAAACUCCCUCUUCACCUGCGACAGGAACAGGAAGUUGUUAGUAUGGUUCUGAGGUCGUGAGAGGUCACGAUGAUGUCACGGCAGGGGGCGGUCGUCGGAUACGCACAGCGAAAUGCGAGUCAUGUAUCGCGAGAAGUCUUCGUCAGCGCAGGUAUUAAGUAGACUGCGCUCUUUAUCUACUACAUAAUUAUGUGUGUCUCUGCAAAUUAACAUUGAUAUGAACUUUUAAUGUCGUUAUUUGUAUAGUAAACGUGUGCCUAUGAUUGAUGAAUAAAACCGACAAUAUUUAUUUUCCAAAAA